UGCCUGCCGGUUUCAAAGUUCACUUCUUUACCAAGUUGCUUUUUACGAAACCAGUUGACAAAUCUGCUUUGAAUCUUCUCUAGAAACUUUAUAAAAUGGCUUCGGCGUCGUAUAUCAUUCGUUUAUUAGGAAAGAACGUUCUCAACGGCCGUCUUACAACAGCUGCUAAUACCAAAUUAGUGAAAUUUUACAGUGCUGCACCCACAUACGAGAACAUCAAGAUCGAUGUGGUUGGCACCAAGAAGAACAUUGGGCUGAUCCAGCUCAAUCGGCCUAAAGCCCUGAACGCCCUCUGCAAUCCGCUGUUCGUGGAGCUCGGCAAAGCUGUAGUGGACUUCGACAAUGAUAACAGCAUUGCUGCUAUUAUAAUCACCGGCAAUGAGAAAGCGUUCGCGGCGGGCGCUGACAUCAAGGAGAUGCAGAACAACACGUACAGCAACAACCAGAAACAGGGAUUCCUCCGCGAGUGGGAGGACGUCAGCAACUGCGGGAAACCCGUCAUCGCUGCUGUCAACGGAUUUGCGCUGGGCGGUGGGUGCGAGCUGGCAAUGUUGUGCGACAUAAUCUACGCGGGGGAGAAGGCCAAGUUCGGUCAGCCGGAGAUCAACAUCGGCACGAUCCCCGGCGCGGGCGGCACGCAGCGGCUGCCGCGCUACGUCGGCAAGUCCAAGGCGAUGGAGAUCGUGCUCACCGGCAACUUCAUUGAUGCGCACGAGGCCGAGAAAAUGGGUCUAGUCAGUAGAGUAUUCCCCGCGGACAAACUCCUGGAAGAAACCAUCAAAUUGGCGGAAAGAAUCGGAACCCACUCUCCCUUGAUCGUGAAGAUGGCUAAACAAGCCGUCAACCAGGCCUACGAGACGAACCUGAAGGCUGGCCUACAGUUUGAGAAGUCGAUCUUCUAUGGAACCUUCGCUACUGAGGACCGCAAAGAGGGCAUGACAGCAUUUGUAGAGAAGAGGCCACCCAACUUCAAGAACGAAUAGUAUUUUCCCAAUAAUCACUCAACUGAAUUUAUAUAAAACUUAGUUAAGGAAAAGUGCAAUCAGAAUUUAUUCCAAUUUUUAUACCAACUGUUUUAACAUUUUUACUCAUUUAAUUAUACUGUUAUUUUCUUGUA